GCGUUGCUGAGAGUCACACAAAUAUGUUUAAUACCUUGUAGACCUACAAUAUAGAGUUUUUACCCAAUAAACUCGAUCUAAAAUCCGUAACUUGUAAAAGAAAUUACAGGAUGGAAAAGAUGGAAAAGAUGUCAGAGGUGAAUGUCGAUGCCGAUGCCGAGAAUCCCACGGACUAUAUGCUCGACAAGGAGAUGGAUCUGCUGGGCGAACUGGGCGAUUGCCACAAGACCAAACUGGCGGGCAUUGAUGUGGAAGCGAAAUCUGACAUGUCCCACAAUGGUAAUUUUCCGAUGGUCAGCCAGGCGACGACAGGAGCUGAGGACACAACACUCCCGCAGGAAGAGGAGUCGGAUCUGCUGCCCUUAGGAUUGGUCCAGAAGGAGGGGGAGGAGAAAACCUUGUGUGCCAUUCAGGCUCUGGACAAGAUAAUCCAGCGGAUGGAGACACUGCAGUGUCGGAUUCGUAGAUUCCUGCAACUGGAAUGCGGUACCGAUAAAGAUGAAUCGCAGAUGGAGAAGCCUGCAACCUAAAACGAUACAAUGAAAGGAAUGAUCAGAAACUAUUGGAUAAUUAUAAGAAAACAAAAGAAGUGAAGCUCGGAAGAUUGCUAACAAAUGCAAUUUA